UGGAAGAUGGCAGAACAUAUUUCUGAAAACAUGGAAAAGGUCGAUUUAGACGGAAAUGUGCCGAAAACAGACGAAAAAAACCAUGUUGGGGAUGAUGAUGAUGAUUUUGUUGAUCCGUGGAAUGUAGAGAGCAAAUCUGCUAAGGGAAUCGAUUACGAUAAACUAAUCAAGAAAUUUGGUAGUACAAAGAUAGACUCGGAGCUCAUUGAGAAGAUGGAGAGGGUCACCGGUAAACCUGUACACCACCUGCUGAAGCGAGGCAUCUUCUUUUCACACAGAGAAAUGCACAACAUCCUGAAUUUGUAUGAGCAAGGCAAACCGUUCUACCUGUACACUGGCCGAGGACCAUCCUCCACAUCACUACACAUGGGACAUCUUAUUCCAUUCAUGUUCACAAAAUGGCUUCAGGAGACGUUCGACGUUCCCCUUGUCAUCCAGUUGACCGACGAUGAGAAGUUCCUGUGGAAAGACCUGAAGCUUGAACAGGCCAAGAAACUAGCCUUAGAAAACGCCAAAGAUAUAAUCGCUUGCGGCUUUGAUCCUGAGAAAACCUUUAUUUUCUCUGAUCUUGAUUAUAUUGGGCAAUCGACAGCAUUUUACCAGAACAUGGUUCGAGUCCAGAAGUGUGUGACAUUCAACCAAGCACGAUCGAUAUUUGGUUUCGGCGACAGUGAUUGCAUAGGAAAGAUUAGUUUUCCUUCAAUACAAGCAGCACCAGCAUUCAGUAGCUCUUUUCCACAGAUCUUUAACGGCAAGAAGGAUAUACCCUGUCUUAUUCCAUGCGCUAUUGACCAGGACCCAUAUUUCCGAAUGACAAGAGAUGUAGCCCCUCGCCUCAAAUAUAAGAAGCCAGCAUUGAUGCACUCGACAUUCUUCCCAGCUCUCCAGGGUGCUCAGACCAAAAUGAACGCCAGUGAUCCAAAUUCAGCAGUCUUCAUAACGGACACGAAUAAUCAAAUUAAAAAUAAGAUCAAUAAAUAUGCUUUCUCCGGCGGUGGUAUGACUGUUGAGGAACAUCGGAAGAAUGGUGGUAACUGUGAUGUAGAUAUACCCUAUCAGUAUCUCACUUUCUUCCUCGAAGAUGACGUGAAGCUGGCACAAAUAAAAGAGGAUUAUUCUUCGGGAAAGAUGCUGACCGGGGAAAUCAAGAAAGAGUUGAUCACAAUACUACAGGACCUUGUAUCAGAACACCGAGAAAGACGUACUAAAGUUACAGAUGAUGUUGUAAAACAGUUCAUGACGCCACGAAAACUUAAAUUCGAUUAUUAACAAUGGUGACACUUAGGGUAUUAUUGUAGUUAAGCUGCCUUUGAAUGAUUGAAUAGUAGAGGUGGGUUUGUGAGAUGUCUUGGAACCAGGGGCUGUACCAUGGUGGGGGCCAAAUGAUUUGGUGUAACUAAAUCAUAAGAUUGGUUGUUAGUUGGGUUUUCCCGGUGAAGUGUGAGUUAAAAUGUUCCUUCUUCACUUGGUCCAUUCGAGACCUCCAAAUGAAUUCACCACAGUCGUUGAGCUGAUUAAUUAACUAUUCUCUCAUCCAAAAGGUGGUUUCUCACUUCUAUUUAAUCAACUUUUUAAAUAUGAUAAUUUAUUUAUUACAUUUGCUUGGUGAAGUUCAGGUAUUCUAAAACACCUUCUUGCAGUGUUAUGUCAUUUUCAGGCUUCUUAAUUGCAUGCUCACUUUAAGUUUAUUGUGCCCAAAUUUACAGAUCGAGAAAUAGGUCUUGGGGUCGCAUCCAUAGCAGCUUGGCACAGAAUAUGAAAGCAGUCAAAAUGACAUUUCAGUAUCCAACUGGAGCUGUUUUAGAAUAGAUAUUGAUACCUCACUGUCGGCAUUUGUUGUCUCUCCAAACACUGCUGUGGUGGAGCUGUCUUUGUGAAGAGCCUUGAUUUUGGCCUAUCUUUGAGCUCCUCCCUCGCAGUGUUUUGUGAGACAAGCAAAGAUUCUCGAGUUUAGAUCUGAUGCCUCUGUUCUAUCUCAUCAUGACAUUCUAUUCAUCAUUCUUCAUGAAGUACAGCCGUGCCAGUGUGUGUGCAUCUCUUUUAGUAUACAAGUGGUUAUCUGUCUUCACAUUUUAGGGCCUCUCAGUUACACCAAAUACACAUCCUUUAACAGUUUGUGGUCCAAAUUAAGGGGGGGGGUCAAAAUAGCCCCCUUUUUUCUUUUUUUUAAUCCUGGAUCAUUAUUUUUAGGUUGAAAUUGUCAAAUCUGCUCCAAAACGCUUUUAAAUGAUGUUGCAUAUCGAGUUGGUCAAAUGAUUAUUCAAAAAACCCGUUGUUUUGCACAAACAGACAUUUUGAAAUGACUGUAAAAUCCUAUUAAAGGAAAGCAGUGUGUCCCAAAAGAUCUACAAUGUAAUUGAGAGGCCUGGUAGAAGCCUUAUUGGCAAUAUUGUACUUGACACUGAUUGUAUAUUUCUUAGUUUUGACUUAAUCAUAGCAGUUCAAAGUAGAUUCUAUGUUAAAUUUUCAAAUGUACAGGUAGGCUAUACAUGAUGAAUACACAAGAAAAGCUGAUGGUAUAUGCUGCCUACUAGUAAUUUUUGGUUCCGCCAUUCAUCAAAGAUUGGAAAUUUGUGAUUGAAUUUGAAAAGUUCCGAGUGCUUAAAUGUGUAGAAACUAUUAUUUUCCAUAUUGCUGUUGUUGAGACAGACCUGCAAAUUCUAUAAAUACCAGGUUUCAGCUGAAGGCCACAUGAAAAAAAUUGAUCGUCCCUGCCCAACCCCCGAAAAUUGCCCUGACCCCUGUUUUUCAAUUCCCCCCAAGUUUUUUAAAAAGGUUAGAAAAUGCGCCAUUGACUCCCAAUCUAAAAUAUUCGCACCUUCCGAACUUGUCCGAGCAGACCGAGUGCUACCUGGAAACAUUUGGAUCGAUCAAUACUAUAAUCUGAAUGGGGCAUUGCAAAUGCAUUUGUGCAUCUAAAGUGACAGCUACAUUAGUCUUUACAAGGACACAAAAGCACUGCGACAAGAUAAUUCCAAAUCAAUCGUACCUAUUAUAUCCCCUUUGUAAUAAAUGGAAACAAAUCAUGUGAAAAAACUAUGCCUCAGUGGCUAAACAUUGUUAAUUGAUCGUAACAGUAGACGCUUCAGAGGAAAUAUUUUUUUGGAAUUGCAAGUAUGUACUUGUACCAUUCAGAAUGAUAAUUCAUUCUUUUCAGGUUGGGCCGAUAAUUGUGAUCCUCCUCAUAUGAUUGUAAACUUAAUGAUGUACUCUUACUUGUCGCCAGACCUUUCAUGUGAAAUAUGUGCAAUCAAGAAAAUCAACAAAUAAAACAACAUUGGUAAAUGUCGAGAAGUUUGGAGUACUUUUGUUCAUAUAUACUUUCACUUUCCUCCUUAGACAAAAAAGUCUCCUAGGAAUAACAGCGCCUGAGAUCUUCAUCAUGACAUAAUCACAUCUCGAGUCCUUUGAUGGAUGUUGGUCAAGUUUCGACUUUCCAGUUUGGCCAAGUUGAUGGAGUGUCUUCAUGGAUGUGACAUUGACUGCACUUUUUAAGGUGACAUUCCAUAUCAACAAGUCAAAUUCAACAACGGCUCUUGGUUGCCGAUUUGUCCUCUGUCGCCGUUGGGACAGACCAA